AAUAUUCACUGAUAGUAUGCAACGUCAAAACAUGAAAGAUUAUACUAUAAUGCUGGAUAUAGAAAAUUAUAUUGGAAAUGAAUUUAAAAAUAAUAAAUUAUUAUUAUUUGUAGUACCAAAUGAUUGGUUACUUAAUUUUGAUCAAACAAUUAGGGCAUUGUUUUCAUCUUUUAUUGGGAAUGGCUUUAAUUUAAUUAUUGAAAAUGAACAAAUAGAUGUUGUACCGUUUGGACUGACAAUGGAUAUUCCAGAAUUUAGAGCAUCGUGUAAACUUAAUGGACAUAAUUCAAAUGAAUAUGCAUGUCACACAUGUGACAAACCAAGAGAUGGUUUAUUUAUUUGCAAAUCAGGUGCAUUAAGAAAACAAGAAGACAUUACAAAUUUUCACUCCACCAAACCUAAUUAUGCUGAAUUAAAUGCUGAUAUAGAAUUAAAAAAAGUAUGGAAAAAAAAGCAAAAGAUAUUGGUAUCGAAGGUGUGGACAGAGGGUGUCGCACAAAGAUGUUUAAAUUACAUUUUUGAUAAAUAUAAAAAUAAAAUUUCAAAUUUUUUAAAUAAUUUUAAAAAUGCAAAAAUAAUAGAUAACAAACCAAAACCAUCAAUUUCACUAUUUGCAAAUAAAACAAAGAAAGGAAGAGAGAAUAGAUCAAUAUUAUAUUACCUUUUAAUAUCAAUUAAAAAUCAAAUAUCAAAUGAUGAUUGUUUUAAAUUAUAUAGUGACUCUUUUGAUGAAAAUGAUUUAAAUUCACUUCAAGUAUUAAUUGAAUCGUUUAAUUCAAAUAUUGAAAGUACAGCAUUAAUUAUUGGUAACAAAAUAAAAAAUCCAGAUAAUUUAAAUAACAUAAAAAUUAAAUUAGAUUCAUUAUUUCAAAAUUAUAAAAAUAUAACUUUUCACUCAUCAAUUAAAAAUAAUAAAGAAACAUACAAUGUUGGUGAUGCAGUUGAAGUUGCAUCAGAUAAUGAACUUUCAGUUAGAUGGUCAGGUAUUAUCAAUUCAAUAUCAAUGAUUGAAAUGGUGAUAACAUAA